UCCACACAGAAGCAGUGUAGCGCGCAGACAGGCGGCUGUCCUCGGAACGUGGGAAGUUUUCGCCAAAGGAUUCUGUCCAUAAAUUAAUCACCUUCAUGUCGACUCUGUUGGAUACCAACCCGCCGAUGCUAUGGUUACCUUUAUUACGAUCUUGCAGGUGAAUCUAGUGAUGUCCAUCCUGCUGUAUGUGAUGGUCCUAGUGUACCUCUAUGGUAUCCAGGCAACCAACAUGGACAGCAGUCGCCAGGGGCAACAGCAGCAGCAGCCAAGUCCGGACCCCCUAAACUCCCUCAUCAUCCAGCUGCUUCAGGCUGACCUGACCCGGGGGAAACCAAGGGGGAACCAGAACCAGAACCAGAACCAGCAGGGGAAAAGCAGAGACGCGCUGCCGCCACUCCUGAGCGCAAACUUUUCCUUGGAAGAGCAGGGCGACGCGGAGCAGUGGGGCGUGGAGGGACGCAGCGGCGGCGGCGGCGGCGUGAGCGCGAUGGAGAGCGCGAGGGAACCGCAGGUGAUGCUGCUAAGCUCCGACCUGCUCCGGCAGCACAAGCGCUACAACUCGCCGCGGGUGCUUCUCAGCGACCGGCCGCCGCUGCAGCCGCCGCCGCUGUACCUCGCCGACGACUUCGUGAGCAGCGGGCCGGACGGCGCGGCCGCGGCCGCGGCGAACCGCACGCGGAAGAAGCGCUACGCCGAGCACAAGAGCUACCGCGGGGAGUACUCGGUGUGCGACAGCGAGAGCCAGUGGGUGAUCGACAAAACCCAGGCGGUGGACACGCGCGGGGACUCGGUGGCGGUGCUGUCCAAGAUCAAAACCAGCGCCACGCAGGACAUCAAGCAGUACUUUUACGAGACGCGCUGUCGGACCCCGCGGCCCUUCAAGGGCGGCUGCCGCGGCAUCGACGACAAGAACUGGAACUCGCAGUGCAAGACGACGCAGACGUACGUCCGCGCGCUGACGCAGGUCCGCAACUCCAUUGGCUGGAGGUGGAUACGCAUAGACACGUCCUGCGUGUGCGCGUUGUCCAGGAAACGUCACAGGACGUAAACACACACAAUGCGAGCCCUGCUGUUUCCUGUGCACAACGCCCCCCACCACCACCACCACUGGAUUAUGGGUCACUGUGGUGAAGUACAGUACUCAGCUACAAAAUAAUACUUCUACUGAAGAAGUAUAACUGAAAUGUUUUUGUCUUUUUUAUGAUAUUUCACAUCAGUGCAGCACUGCUGUUACAGAAGAACUCACUUAGGAGGGUUUGGGGAGGGAGGGAGGGAGGGGGGUGUGUAACGGGAAACUGUACAUAUAAAUUAUUUAAAUUAUAUGAAAUGCAUGUAGUUUAUACAUGUUUAUCUAUCUAUAUAUGACGUAUGAAUAUAUUUGUGUUAUUUAUUGAAAAAGAUCAUGUUCAACAGAUAAAAUUAUGUUUAUUCUAGGAAUGAAGCAAGCUAUGAAGCUCAUUUCGAGACGACAAUGCAAAGCUGGGCUGCAAAGGUGCUUCACGGUGAAAUAAAUGACUUGAUAUGUGCCUUGACCGGUUUAGCUGCAGAGCACAGCCAGGACACGCCGCAAUUGUUGUCAGGGUGAGCCUGCAGCACAGUCACGUGGACCAAUACGAGGCCCACAUUCCUAGAAUUACCUUUUAGUGACACGGCUAUAUCAGCAGGUAUCGAGGCGUCCUGGGACCCCCACCGCAGAUUUCAGAAGUAUGAACACACGCACACUGCUGUCGAGGUUGACAACACCCUCAUGUACGCUGCAAAACCAUCAUCAUUUCAUUCAUUCCUCUGGGAAACAGUUCUUAAAAAAAUAAAUAACAGAAAAUCGUCUCGCUGGCAGUGACGGACAGAGAUUUACGAAAAUCAGGUCACCUUGAUGCUGAUCACUAUGAUUUACUCUCUGGUAACUGGUAUCAUGAGCUGUGUUUGUUUCCUUCCUAUUAAUAAAAACCUAUAUUUCGUAAA